CCGGUGUGUGCGGGGCCCGGCCGCUGCCGGCUUCUGCCCCCCGGCGGGGCCAUGGCCGCGAGCGCCAAGCGGAAGCAGGAGGAGAAGCACCUGAAGCUGCUGCGGGAGAUGAGCAGCCUCCCGCCCAACCGCAAGUGCUUCGACUGCGACCAGCGCGGCCCCACCUACACCGACAUGACGGUGGGCAGCUUCGUGUGCACCUCCUGCUCCGGCAUCCUGCGAGGUUUAAAUCCACCCCACAGGGUUAAAUCUAUCUCCAUGACCACAUUCACGCAACAGGAAAUAGAAUUUCUGCAGAAACAUGGAAAUGAAGUAUGUAAACAGAUUUGGCUAGGAUUAUUUGAUGAUCGAUCAUCAGCAAUUCCAGACUUCAGAGAUCCACAGAAAGUUAAGGAGUUUCUACAGGAAAAAUAUGAAAAGAAAAGAUGGUAUGUUCCUCCAGAACAAGCUAAGGUUGUGGCAUCAGUCCAUGCAUCUAUAUCAGGGUCCUCUGCUAGUAGUACAAGCAGCACACCUGAGGUGAAACCGCUUAAAUCUCUCUUGGGAGAAUCUGCACCAGCACUGCACUUAAAUAAAGGCACACCUAGCCAAUCCCCUGUUAUCGUUAGGUCUCAAGGACAACAGCAGCAGGAAAAGAAACAAUUUGACCUCCUCAGUGACCUUGGCUCAGAUAUCUUUGCUGCUCCUGCUCCUCAGUCAACUGCUACAGCAAAUUUUGCUAACUUUGCACAUUUCAACAGUCAUGCAGCACAGAACUCUGCAAAUGCAGGUUUUGCAAACUUUGAUGCAUUUGGACAGUCUAGUGGUUCGAGUAAUUUUGGAGGUUUCCCCACAGCAAGUCAGUCUCCUUUUCAGCCCCAAAAUACAGCGUUCAGAACGCUUUCAUCUAGCUGCAGUUUUGGUGAAUUUACUUCAGCUUUCCCUCUCCAGGCUGUACACAGUGGAAGUGCUGGAUCAAUGAAUGCUAACUUUGCUCACUUUGAUAACUUCCCCAAAUCCUCCAGUGCUGAUUUUGGAGCCUUCAAUGCUUCUCAGAGCAACACAACAGCAACUGCUGCCAGUAAAGUUGCAGUGAAUAAACCGAAUCUCCAGUCAGCAGACAAAUAUGCAGCUCUUGCUAAUUUAGAUAAUAUCUUCAGCACGGGGCAAGGUGGUAGUGAGCAAGGAAGUGGCUUCGGCACUGUAGUUACAGCACCAUCAGGUCCUGCUGUGUCAGCCCCAAGUCAGCCAAGUGCAUCUUCAGACAAGUAUGCAGCUCUAGCAGAAUUAGACAGUGUGUUCAGCUCCACAGCAACCUCUAGUAAUGCAUAUACUUCCACCAGUAAUGUUAGCAGCAAUGCUUUUGGAACAGUACCAGUGGCUGCUACUGCACAGACACAGCCUGCGUCUUCGAGUGUGCCUGCUUCAUUUGGAGCAACACCUUCCACAAAUCCAUUUGUGGCUGCCCCUGUCGCUCCAGUGGCACCUUCAACAAACCCGUUCCAGACCAAUAGCAGAGGAGUAACAGGCCUCUCGGGAGCAAUGCACUCUCACAUAUUUCCUCAGGCUCAUUUUGCGGCGACAUUUGGCACAGCAUCCAUGAGCAUGCCUGCAGGUUUUGGAACUCCUGCAUCCUACAGUCUUCCUACUAGCUUCAGUGGCAAUUUCCAGCAGCCUGCCUUCCCAACCCAGGGAGCUUUCCCACAACAGACUGCUUUUGCUCAGCAACCAAAUGGUUUUGCUGCAUUUGGACAGGCAAAGCCUGUAGUAACCCCCUUUGGACAAGUUGCUGCUGUUGGAGUAUCUAGUAAUCCUUUUAUGGGUGCUGCACCAACAGGACAGUUUCCAACAGGAAGCUCAUCAACCAAUCCUUUCUUAUAGCCUUAUAGACACUUUACCCAAAAGAACUCUUAUUUGGUCACAUAACAUCUCUGCGCCUCUUGCACUGUUGUCUUGUUUCACUGAUCUUAGCUUUAAACACGAGAAGUCUUUAAUAAAAAAACAAACAAACAAACCUGUGUUGUGUAUUAAAACCACCAGAUAAUAUGUGCAAAACGGAGGGCUGUGGUAACAUCCUUAACCUGUGAAUUGGCAGGCGAAAAGUAGCGGUAUCAUGUAUAUUAAAAUUGGCUAAUAAGUAAUUGCAGAUACCACAUUCGUUAUGCUGCAGUACUGUACAUAUUUUUUCUUAGAAAAUAGCUAUUUGUGCAUAUCGGUAUUUGUAACUUUAACACAUUGUUAUGUGAAAAAUGUUACUGGGGAAAUAGAUCAGCCACUUUGAGGUGCUGUUGUAUCUCUUGGAAUUAAUUACCUACCAUCAUUUUAACCAUUGCUAUUGGAAGUCAUGAAGUCAAAUUGGAGGUUUUGUUCAUUCUCCAAAAUGUUUUCCAUUCCAGAAGAGCUCUCCUAUUUAUACAUGCCUACAUUCUCUAUAAUGUAGAGGGAUACCUGUCUGCCUAAUAAAGCUGAUCAUGUUUUGCUACAGUUUGCAGGUGAAAAAAAAUAAAUAUUAGGGGGGAAAAAAACA